AUGUGGAACUCAUCAGCAGCAGCAGACACGUUUACAAGAACAACUGAGAGUAGAAGCAGUGAUGAUGAAGAGGCUCUUUGGUUGGCAGCUUUGCAAAGAUCUCCUACUUUUGUCAGAGCCAGGACUUCGGUUUUUCGCAAUCUUUCUGGUGGGUUUUCUUUAAUUGAUGUUGCCAAACUAAGGGAUCAAGAGCAGAAGCAAGUUUUGGAUAAGUUGGUUAAUACAAUCAAUGAAGAUUCUGAGCUGUAUUUCAAGAAAGUUAGGCGAAGAUUUGAUGCUGUUGAUUUGGAAUUUCCAAAAGUUGAGGUUCGAUUUCAGAACUUAAAUGUGGAUGCCUUUGUCCAUGUUGGAAGCAGAGCAUUACCUACCAUUCCAAAUUUCCUUUGUAACAUGACUGAGGUGUUCUUGAGGCAACUCAGAAUUUUCCCAGGCAGAAGGAAGAAACUGUCUAUCCUGAAGAAUGUCUGUGGUAUACUUCGACCUUCCAGGUUGACUCUGCUUUUGGGUCCUCCUAGCUCUGGAAAGACAACUUUGCUCUUGGCUCUUGCCGGUAGGCUAGGACCUGGCUUGCAGAUGUCAGGAAGAGUAACAUACAAUGGCCAUGAUAUGAGAGAGUUUGUUCCCCAAAGGACUUCUGCAUAUGUAAGCCAGCAUGACUGUCAUAUGGCUGAGAUGACAGUAAGGGAGACCCUUGAGUUCUCAGGACGUUGUCAAGGUCUUGGAUAUAAACAAGAUAUGCUUAUGGAACUGCUGAGAAGAGAGAAAGAUGCUGGGAUAUUUCCUGAUGAAGAACUUGAUUUGUUUAUGAAGGGAGUGGCACUGGGGGAUCAGACAAGUAUUAUUGCAGAAUACGUGAUGAAGAUUUUAGGAUUGGAUAUAUGUGCGGAUACCCUGGUUGGAGAUGAAAUGCUAAAAGGCAUUUCUGGGGGCCAAAAGAAGCGCCUUACCACUGGUGAAUUGCUAAUGGGUGGAUCUCGAGUGCUCUUAAUGGAUGAGAUAUCAACUGGGCUAGAUAGUUCCACUACCCAUCAAAUUAUCAGAUAUCUUAGGCAUGCAACUCAUGCUUUUGAUGGGACCACUAUAGUAUCUUUGUUACAACCAGAUCCAGAAACUUAUGAGUUAUUUGAUGACAUUAUUCUUUUAAGUGAGGGACAAAUAGUGUAUCAGGGGCCCCGAGAAGCUGCUGUUGAUUUCUUUGAAUCCAUGGGAUUUAAGUGUCCAUCAAGAAAAAAUAUUGCUGAUUUUCUGCAAGAGGUUAUAUCUGAAAAGGAUCAAGGACAGUACUGGUCGCUCAAUAGUGAUCAUCAGUAUAUACCUGGGUCAAAAUUCGUAGAAGGCUAUCGAUCUUUUAAUGUUGGUAAACUUUUGGCUGAGGAGUUAUCCAUUCCAUUUGAUAAACGAUAUAAUCACUCUGCCGCUCUGUCAACAAAUAAAUAUGCUGUUAGAAGGACUGAACUUCUAAAGAUCAGUUUUUCCUGGCAGUUUCUUUUAAUGAAGCGCAAUUCAUCUGUAUUUGUUUUCAAAUAUAUACAGCUUCUUUUGAUUAUUUUUAUCAUGACAAGCGUCUUUUUCCGAACAACAAUGCAUCACAACACACUUGAUGAUGGAGGUGUUUACCUUGGUGCUCUCUACUUUGCCAUACUUAUGAUUCUUUUCAAUGGCUUCUUGGAGGUCCCCAUGUUGAUAGCUAAGCUUCCAGUUCUCUACAAGCACAGAGAUUCACGCUUCUAUCCUUUGUGGAUAUAUACUCUUCCUUCAUGGCUUCUUAGUAUGCCCACUUCACUUGUAGAAUCAAUUUUAUGGGUUGCAAUUACAUACUAUGCAGUUGGCUUCGAUCCUCAAAUAACCAGAUGCCUGCAGCAGUUUUUGUUGUACUUUUGUAUGCAUCAGAUGUCAAUAGCUCUUUUUCGUGUCAUGGCAUCAUUAGGGAGAAAUCUUGUAGUUGCCAAUACAUUCGGGUCUUUUGCCAUGUUGGUUGUAAUGGCCCUUGGCGGAUUCAUUCUUUCAAGAGAUAGCAUACCAAGUUGGUGGAUCUGGGGUUACUGGUUUUCUCCUCUGAUGUAUGCCCAAAAUGCAGCUUCAGUGAAUGAAUUUCUUGGCCAUUCUUGGGAUAAGAAAGCUGCGAAUAAUACGGAGUCCUUGGGAGUCACAUUAUUGAAGGCUCGCAGUUUGUUUCCAGAGAAGUAUUGGUAUUGGAUUGGUGUUGGUGCUUUGAUUGGAUAUACAAUUGCGUUCAACUUACUCUUCACAUUAUUUCUGACUUACCUAAAUCCUCUUGGUAAUGCACAAGUGGUUGUUUCUACGGAAGGACUCCCUGUAAAAAGAGAGGAGCAAGAGGAUAUCUGUUCUGACAUUUCUCUUGGUGAAUUUUUAAACCAUUCACACUCAUACAAUGGAAAACAGAUGAAGAAACAUAGGGGCAUGGUUCUUCCUUUUCAACCUCUUUCAAUGUCUUUCAAUAACAUCUGUUAUUACGUUGAUGUCCCGCAGGAACUGAAGCAACAGGGAGUGCCUGAGGACAGGUUGCAGCUUUUGGUUAAUGUGACUGGCGCUUUUAGACCUGGGGUGCUUACUGCAUUAGUUGGUGUUAGUGGUGCUGGUAAAACAACCCUCAUGGAUGUUUUAGCUGGUAGAAAAACAGGUGGAUAUAUUGAAGGUAGUAUUUACAUUUCUGGGCACCCAAAGAAACAAGAGACCUUUGCAAGGGUUUCUGGCUACUGCGAACAGAAUGACAUCCAUUCCCCAUGUUUAACCGUACGUGAAUCUCUUCUGUUUUCUGCUUGGCUCCGUUUAUCAUCCAGGAUUAAUAUCAAAACACAAAGGGCAUUUGUAAAUGAGGUGAUGGAACUUGUUGAGCUAAAUUCCUUAAGUGGAGCUUUAGUUGGUCUACCAGGGGUUGACGGUUUGUCGACAGAGCAGAGGAAAAGGCUGACAAUAGCUGUUGAGCUAGUUGCAAAUCCUUCUAUUGUUUUCAUGGAUGAACCUACUUCAGGUCUGGAUGCAAGGUCUGCUGCAAUAGUCAUGAGGACUGUGAGGAACAUAGUUGAUACUGGACGAACAAUUGUUUGCACAAUUCAUCAACCCAGCAUUGAUAUAUUUGAGUCGUUUGAUGAGCUUUUACUCAUGAAACAAGGUGGAAAUCUCAUUUAUGCUGGUCCACUGGGUGAGAGAUCUUGCAAACUUAUCAAUUACUUUGAGGCUGUAGAAGGGAUUCGUAAAAUCAGACCUGGAGAAAACCCUGCUACUUGGAUACUUGAAGUUACUUCUCCGGCUGAAGAAAUUCGCCUCGGGAUUGACUUUGCAGAAAUCUAUCACACAUCAAAUCUGUUUGAGCGAAAUAAGGAUUUGGUUAAUCAUUUAAGCAAACCAACUGGUGAUUCUGAUGAAUUAAGCUUCCCAAGCAAAUACUCUCGAUCAUUCUUCAGUCAAUUUCUUGCAUGCUUAUGGAAGCAAAACCUGUCUUAUUGGCGGAAUCCACAGUAUACUGCUGUGCGCUUCUUCUACACGGUUGUCAUUUCAUUUAUGUUUGGAACAAUAUGCUGGAGAUUUGGCUCUAAAAGGGAAAACCAACAAGAUAUUUUCAAUGCUAUGGGAUCCAUGUAUGCAGCUGUUCUAUUUAUUGGAAUAACAAAUGCUUCUUCCGUUCAACCUGUUGUCUAUAUAGAAAGGUUUGUUACAUAUCGAGAGAGAGCAGCGGGGAUGUAUUCUGCUUUACCUUUCGCGUUUGCUCAGGCUACAAUUGAGUUUCCAUAUGUCUUUGCUCAGUCACUUAUCUAUAGCACUAUCUUCUACUUCCUGGCAUCCUUUGAACUGAACCUCUGGAAAGUUGUCUGGUACAUGUACUUCAUGUACUUCACAUUGCUGUAUUUCACCUUCUUUGGCAUGAUGACAACUGCAGUUACACCGAAUCACAAUAUUGCUGCAAUUAUUGGUGCACCAUUCUUUAUGAUGUGGAAUCUUUUCAGUGGCUUCACGAUAUCUCAUAUGAGGAUCCCUAUAUGGUGGAGAUGGUAUUACUGGGCAAAUCCAAUAGCCUGGACUUUAUACGGACUUUUAACAUCCCAGUAUGGAGACCUAGACAUAAAAGUUGAACUUGCUGGUGGUGAUGAAUCCGUGCCAAUCAGACAGUUGCUCAAGGACCAGUUUGGAUACAGGCAUGAAUUUCUGCCUGUUGCAGGGCUUGCUGUGGUUGGUUUCUGUUUGGUUUUUGCUGCUACGUUUGCCUUUGCAAUCAAAUCCUUCAACUUCCAGAGAAGAUGAAGUGAGUUAGCGUAACUGAUUUAGGCAUCCAAAAUUGGAGGACAUAGCAAAGUAAAUAAUACAAGGCUCAAGUCUUCAAUAGUUGAAAGUAAUUGUUUCUUAUCCCAUUUUUGUUUGUCAUCUCGAAGGGAAGGCACCUCAGUAAAAAUCAGCAAGUACCAUAUGCAUAAUACUUUGUGGGAUGCAAAAGUCUAUCUUGAGAACUUGUUCUCAUGUAGUUUGAAAAAUUUUUGUGAAGCUGUAUUUAACCACUUCCAUUUCUUCUCUGGGUUAUUUUAGGUGUUAAGCACGAGGGUGUCCAUUGUUCUGUUAUUAUUAUGGUUGGACUUUAUAGUCGAGUUUGUGAAUAAUUGCUGAAAAUUUUAGGAAUUGAAAUGUUCUACUAUCGUCUUGAUGUUAAACAAUUCUAAA